CAACUCCAUGCUCAAGCUAGCUGAGCUGUUGGCACUAGCAGGCCUCAAGGUCACCUUCCUCAAUUCCAACCACAAUCACGAUCGCCUUGUAAGAUUCUCCAUUGUUCUUGCUCGUUUCGCCAAAUACCCCGGUUUUGAAUUCAGGACCAUACCGGAUAUUGGCCAGCCAGAUGAUCAACCGGAUGAUCAAUCGAAGUCCGAGGAUAUCAAGAAGGUGCACGGUGACUUCAUGGACAUAGAUGGGGUUUUAGGAUUUGUGCUUGAUAUUGGUAAGGAGCUUGAGAUUCCAGUCAUCCAUUUUAACACCAUUAAUGCUGGUUCCUUCUGGCUUUACUUUGUAAUUCAUGAUUUAAUCGAAGCUGGGGAGAUUGCAAUUCCAAUCCGAAGAAAUGAAGACAUGGAUUGCUUGGUAAAGAUGGUUCCAGAGAUGGAAACUUUCCUCCGAUUUCGGGAUCUUCCUAACCUUUAGCCCAGUUGAAACCACUGAAGUUUCAGCUUUGCAACUUGUUGCUAUGGAGACACAAAAAUGCUCUUGAGCACAUGCACUCCUACUCAACACGUUU